AUGUGGCACGGGCAGUGCGUGCUUCCGGGCCGGGUGGAGAUGCAGCUCCAGAGGCUGAAGGAUCAAGAGACAUACUCGUCGUCGUCUUGUAUCCUUUUCAACGAGCCCCUGAGGCCCAGUGGCCAACGGAUUGCCGCUCAUGGAUGGCGCCUUAACCGCAAUUCCCUCAGCAUGAUCAAUGUGCCUUUCCAGUCCCACCUGGAGGCAGAGAUAGUCCGCUUGGCCAUGGACAUAGAGAACCCACCUCAUCAGCACGCCGUUCAAAUUGAGUUCAGAGUGCAAGGCAGGAUCCUGGCUGUGUCAGUUCUGGAAUGGGCCAACAUGGGGGUGCAAGUUUCUGUGUGUGGUUCCAUACAGCUGGAGAAUGAGACCUUAGUGUCCCAGUUUCUUCUGGAAGGAUUGACUGACACAGAGGAGUUGAAGCCCUUGCUCUUUGCCACCUUUCUGCUGGUCUACAUAGUGGCUGUGGUUGGGAACCUGGGCAUUUUCUGCCUUAUUGUAAUAGACUCCCGACUCCACACUCCCAUGUACUUCUUCUUAGCCAACCUUUCACUGCUGGACACUGCCUAUAUCUCCAAUACGGUGCCCCAGGUGCUAGUGCAUUUGCUGGCACCAGUGCGGACAAUGUCCUAUCGUGCUUGUCUAACCCAGAUAUUCUUUCUCCACUUCCUGGCGCCCUGGGAGUGCUUUCUGCUCACAGCCAUGUCCUAUGACCGCUAUGCAGCCAUCUGCCAGCCACUCCACUACCUAGUCCUCAUGGGCCAAAGAACCCGGACAGGACUAGCUGUAAUCUCCUGCCUUCUUGCCUUGGCCAAUUCACUCACCCACACAAUCCUUGCUGCUCUACUCAAGUUCUGCAGGCCUCGCCUCAUCACCCACUUCUUCUGUGACCUCCCUCCACUUCUCAAACUCUCUUGCUCCAGUACACAAGCAAAUGAACUUGCACUAUUCUUCUUCAGUUUUCUGGUGGCUCUUGCACCCUGCACCCUGGUUGUGAUCUCCUAUAUACACGUUGUAGCUGCUGUUCUUAGGAUUCGCUCUGCCGAGGGCCGAAGAAAAGCCUUUUCCACCUGUGGCGCUCAUAUCACUAUGGUCUGUAUUUUCUAUAUCACUUCAGUCCUCUGCUACAUUCUUCCCAGUUCCGCAUACUCCGGCUUGCGAGACCGGGUGCUCUCUGUGCUGUAUGUGGUCCUCACUCCCAUGCUCAACCCCAUCAUCUACAGUAUGCGAAACAAAGAUGUAAAGAGGGCUUUGUUCAAGGCCCUUGGGAAAGAAAGUGACUCCUAA